AUGGGGCUCGUCGGCUGCCCGGAUUGGCUCGCGGGGCCCGGCUCUGUUUGUCGCUCCAAUGAGCUCGCGCCGCGUCCGGGCCGGAGGUUGCGCGAGACGCCGGGGCCGCUACCGCUAAUGGAAGAAGUGGUGGCGGAGCUCGCGCAGUGUGUGCGGCGCAGUCGGAGCAAGAUAUUAACAGUUUCAAUGGCCAGGAUGACACAAGUGCCCUUGUGGUCUCUGACUUUCCUCCUGCUGGCCUGUCUGCCAUCAGAAACCGAUGCUCUGGCUGUGAUGUCCGUGGACCUGGGCAGUGAGUCAAUGAAGAUAGCAAUCGUAAAACCUGGGGUGCCCAUGGAAAUCGUUUUAAACAAAGAGUCACAGAGGAAAACGCCAGUGACUGUAGCCCUGAAAGAAAAUGAGCGUCUCUUUGGCGAUAGCGCCAUGGGAAUGUCCAUAAAGAAUCCGAAGAUAGCACUCCGGUAUUUUCAGGACCUGCUGGGUAAACACAUAGACAACCCCCAAGUGACACUGUACCGUUGGCGCUUCCCACAACACGAGCUGGUAAAGGAUGAGAGGAGACAGACGGUUAUCUUCAAACUGUCCCAUGAAAUGCAGUAUUCUCCAGAAGAGAUACUGGGCAUGGUCCUGAACUAUUCACGUGGUCUGGCUGAGGAAUUUGCAGAACAACCUGUAAAGGAUGCAGUGAUCACCGUCCCUGUAUACUUCAAUCAGGCGGAGAGGAGGGCAGUCCUGCAUGCAGCUCAGAUGGCAGACCUGAAGGUCCUGCAGCUGAUCAAUGACAACACUGCUGUGGCUCUGAACUAUGGGGUCUUCAGGAGGAAGGACAUCAAUGCCACAGCACAGAAUAUCAUGUUUUAUGACAUGGGAGCAGGAAGCACCGUGUGUACGAUAGUGACUUAUCAGACAGUGAAAACCAAGGACUCGGGGACUCAGCCUCAGCUGCAGAUUCGGGGGGUCGGAUUUGACCGCACCCUAGGGGGAUUGGAGAUGGAGCACCGGCUCCGGGAUUACCUGGUGAAACUCUUCAACAAGCAGCAGCCUUUGAAAGAUGUUCGGCAGAAUCUCCGGGCCAUGGCCAAGCUGCUAAAGGAGGCCAACCGCCUGAAAACUAUCCUGAGUGCUAAUGCUGACCAUAUGGCCCAGAUUGAGGGGCUACUGGAUGACGUGGACUUCAAGGCCAAGGUCUCCAGGCAAGAGUUUGAAGACUUGUGCUCUGACUUAUUCCAGCGGGUCCCAGGGCCUGUGCUACAGGCGCUGAGCAGUGCAGAGAUGAACCUGGAUGAAAUCGAUCAGGUGAUUCUAGUGGGAGGUGCCACCCGAGUCCCCAAAGUGCAGGAGGCUUUGCUGAAAGUCGUGGGCAAAGAUGAACUGGGGAAGAACAUCAACGCAGACGAGGCUGCUGCUAUGGGUGCAGUCUACCAGGCGGCUGCUCUGAGCAAAGCCUUUAAGGUCAAGCCCUUCAUUGUUCGGGAUGCAGCUAUUUUCCCCAUCCAGGUGGAGUUCACCCGUGAAGUUGAGGAGGAGGAUAAAUCCAAGAGCUUGAAGCACAACAAGCGAAUUUUGUUUCAGCGCAUGGCACCAUAUCCACAGCGCAAGGUCAUCACUUUCAACCGCUACACGGAUGACUUUGAAUUCUAUGUCAACUACGGAGACUUGGCUUUCCUGAGCCAGGAUGACCUGCAAGCCUUUGGGUCCUUGAAUCUCACCACUGUGAGGCUGAGAGGAGUCGGGGAUAGUUUCAGGAAGCACUCGGAUUAUGAGUCCAAAGGCAUCAAAGCUCACUUCAAUAUGGAUGAGAGUGGAGUGCUUAGCCUUGACCGGGUGGAGUCUGUGUUUGAAACUGUAGUGGAGGACAAACCAGAAGAGGAGUCAACAUUAACAAAACUUGGGAAUACAAUCUCUAGCCUGUUUGGAGGAGGAGGUCCUACUCUGGAAACAGGAGAGAACCUGACAGAGACUGUUCAGGAGGAAGAGGAGAGCCAGACAGAAGCAGGAAAAGAAGAACAGGGGGAGAAACAGGACCAGAAGGAGGGAGAAGGAACAGUGAGCGAGGAGCAGGGGGAAGAGAAGCAGCAGCCAUCUCCAAUGCAGGAUAAAACAGAAACUGUCCCUCCAGAAGCAGAGAGACAGGAGGAAAAGGAGGAAGGAGAAAAAACAGCAUCUCAGGAUCCCAAAGAAAAGGAAGAAUCCGGGAAAGAGGAAGAAAUGUCCAAAAGUCCUGGUGACAGCACAGCCACCAAAAUGGAAGAGAAGAAACCCAAAGUCCCCAAGAAGCAGAAACUCGUGGAUGAGAUUAGUGUGGAGUUGGAUGUCCGUGAUGUGCUUGACCUGCUGGAGGAGGAGUUGAAGAGCUCAGUGAAGAAACUCCAGGAUCUGACAGUCAGAGACUUAGAGAAGCAGGAGAGGGAAAAGUCAGCCAAUAGCCUGGAGGCAUUCAUCUUUGAGACCCAGGACAAGCUUUACCAGGAGGAAUAUCAGUUUGUCUCAACGGAGGAGCAGAGAGAGGAAAUCUCAAGAAAACUGAGUGAAGCCUCCAAUUGGAUGGAGGAGGAGGGCUAUAGAGCCACGACCAAGGAACUGAAAGAGAAGCUCUCUGAGCUGAAGAAACUCUGCAGGAGCCUUUUCUUCCGUGUGGAAGAAAGAAGGAAAUGGCCAGACCGCCUGAAUGCCCUCGAAAAUCUGCUCAAUCACUCCAGCAUCUUCCUCAAGGGAGCACGAAUGAUUCCAGAGGCCGAUCAGAUAUUCACAGAGGUGGAACUGAGUACCCUAGAGAAAGCAAUCAAUGAAACUGUGACUUGGAAAAAUGAGACACUGGCAGAACAGAAUAAACUUCCUCCCACUGAGAAGCCCACCCUGCUGUCCAAGGACAUAGAGCUGAAGAUAGCAGCCCUGGACAGGGAGGUGCAAUAUCUACUGAACAAGGCUAAGUUUGCAAAACCCAGACCCAAGAAGGAAAAGAACACCACAAAAACUGAUUCAGGCAAGAAUGCCACAGCUUCCCCCGACACCGAGAAGGUUAUCCCUCCCAAGGAGGAGAAAGGAGAAGAUAAACCUGAAGAUGUCAGUCCAAUCAGGGAACCUCCCAUAGUCGAGGAAGCAACACUAGGUGAUCAGUCCGGACCGGACACAGAACCUGAGAGUGAGAAGAAGCCAGAAGCUAGAGAGGAGAGCAGGACGAAUGAUGAGUUAUAACAUCCCUUGAAAUUUCUUCUAGCAUCACAUCUAUUUAUUUAACAGGUUUUUU